AUGGCCACUUCCGACUUAGAAUCCAAAAUCCGCCAAGCGGCCGUCAGAAACCGCCAGCUCCUCGCCAUCCUCGCAGACACAGACAACGCCAUCCCCGACCUCCGCCAGCAACGCCGUCUCAUCACAGACCUAGACCACCAGCUCAAAGAAUCAGACAGAAACACCCGUGCCCUCGACAGCCGCCGCAAAAAGGAACUCAAAGACCAUGAAAAGUUCCGCGACAGCGUCAUGCGCCGCUUCGUGCACAAGGCCGUCGGCAAGCGCGACAAAUUCGACGAGCGCGCCGCCCGCGAGGAACGUGAAUACUUUGACGUCCUCCAGGACGAACACCGCGAAAAAGAGCUCAACAAAAACGUGAAGCAGCAGUUGAGCGACGCGCGCGAGGCGAGCAAGGCGCUUGAGUCGGCGGAGCAAGCCCUGCACGAAUACCAUGAUACCCGUUCAAAAGUCGAAGCUGAACAGCAUGCGAUACGCCUUCUUACGGAUGCGAUGAAGAGGAUGGGCGAUUCGUUGCGGCACAUGGACGACGCCUUGAGCCACUCGCGUAUGGACAUGUUCGGUGGCGGCUCGAUGACGGACAUGAUGGAGCGGAGUGCGCUGCAGCGCGCCGAGAGCGCAGCGCAGGAAGCGAGGAUGUUGGUGAUGCAGGCGCAACGGAUGACGCCGUAUAUCGGAGAUCUGCCGCCGAUUAACAUCAACCACGGCAACCUCAUGGGAGAUGUGCUGUUUGACAACAUCUUCUCCGACAUGGCGUUCCACGAUGAGAUCAAGAAGUCAAGAAUGUCGAUUGAGAAGUGUGCCCAAGUUUUGAGUCGAUACCUCCACGAGACUAGGGACCGACACAUGUAUCUCUCGCGGGAGCAAAAGAUUCGCGGUGAGAGGCUGGAGAGCACGCGCACGGCGCUGCAGAAGGAGCGGGAGAGGUUAUUCGAACAAAUUGCUGGGGGAAACAGUGACAUGAAGUUUGGAUCUGCUUCCUCCAGUGCUAUGCCGGUUGGAUUGAAAAAUUGA